ACCUUUUCCACACAGCCUGCCGGUACAUAUAGACCAGUCACAAAGCCCCCCACAGUCGUGAACUCCCAUCCCACCACAGCUACUAACAGGAUAACGCCGCCGCGGCCGGUGCUGCAAACCGAUGGCGUUCGCCGCCGGAAAUACCACCUUCCCUCUCCUCACCUUCUUCUCUCUCCUAAUCCUCGCAAAUGCGAAGCUCAAUCUCCACCACCCAGACCACGACGCAAUCCUCACGCUCCAAAAAGACUUGGGCAUCGCUGGUCAACAGCUCCUUCGUUCGGUCAACCCGUGCGACGCCGACGGCGUCCACUGCGAACGGAGACUCGCCGAAGGCUCUUACGUUCUCAGAAUAACGCGAAUCGUCUUCGAGUCCCGGCGCCUCACCGGGUCCAUCUCGCCGGCGAUCGGAAAGCUCUCCGAGCUCAGAGAGAUCUCCUUGCAAAACAACCACCUCGUUGACCGACUACCUCCCCAGAUCGUUGACUGCGCGAAGCUCGAAAUCCUCAACCUCCGAAACAAUCGAUUUUCCGGCGAAAUACCCUCGGAAUUCUCAUCCCUUUUGCGCCUUCGAAUCCUCGAUCUCUCCGCCAACAGAUUCUCCGGCAAUCUGAAUUUCCUGAAAUACUUUCCCAACCUCGAAACACUUUCCCUCGCGGACAAUCACUUCACCGGCAAAAUUCCAACCUCGCUCCGCUCCUUCCGCAACCUCCGAACCUUCAACUUCUCCGGCAACAUCCUCCUCGAAGGCUCCACGCCCGCUACGAACCGGGUCAAUUGGGUCGGCUAUGACCCGAGUUCGAAACGCUUCGCGUCCCCCGAAAACUCAAAUUGGGUCAACCGGCACAAUCGGGUCGGAUUCGAAUCGGUUCCUAAACGUUUUGUGCUCACCGAAAACUCAAACCGGAUCCGAGCUAAGGCUCCGACACAGGCACCGUCUCCGGCGACAGGAGCGGUAUCUCCGGGCCCGUCGGCGGCUCCGAUCAAGCACAAAAAGAGCAAGAACAAGAUCGGGGGAUGGGUACUCGGUUUCUUCGUCGGAGCGGUAGCCGGAAUCGUUUCCGGGAUAGUUUUCUCCGUGCUGUUCAAGCUGCUGAUGCUGAUUAUCAAAGGGAAGGGAAAGGACUCCGGCCCGGCGAUCUUCAGUCCUCAGAUAAAAAAGGCGGAGGACCUCGCCUUCCUAGAGCGAGACGACGGCCUGGCGUCGCUUCAAAUAAUCGGAAAAGGCGGGAGCGGCGAGGUCUACAAGGCCGAACUCCCCGGCAGCAACGGCAAAAUGAUUGCGAUAAAGAAGAUAGUCCAGCCGCCGAAGGAGGCCGCGGAGCUCGCCGAUGAGGAGAGCAGGGUCCUCAACAAGAAGAUGCGGCAGAUCCGGUCGGAGAUCAACACCGUGGGAAAAAUCCGGCACCGGAACCUCCUCCCUCUCCUGGCCCACGUCUGCCGCCCCGACUGCCACUACCUGGUGUACGAGUUCAUGAAGAACGGGAGCCUGCAGGACUUGAUGAACGACGUCGCCGUGGGGCGGCGGGACCUGGACUGGCCGACGCGGCACCGCAUCGCGGUGGGGGUGGCGGCGGGGCUGGAGUACCUGCACACGUGCCAGAGCCCGAGGAUCAUCCACCGGGACCUGAAGCCGGGGAACGUUCUCCUCGACGACGAGAUGGAGGCGAGGAUCUCGGACUUCGGGCUGGCGAAGGCGAUGCCGGACGCGAAUACGCACGUGACGAGCUCGAACGUGGCGGGGACGGUGGGGUACAUAGCGCCGGAGUACCACCAGACGCUGAAGUUCACGGACAAGUGCGAUAUAUACAGCUUCGGGGUGUUGUUGGGGGUGUUGGUGGUGGGGCGGCUGCCGUCGGACGAUUUCUUCCAGAACACGGCGGAGAUGAGCCUGGUGAAGUGGAUGAGGAACGUGAUGACGUCGGAGGAUCCGGGAAGGGCGGUGGAUGAGAGGCUGAUGGGGAAUGGGUUCGAGGAGCAGAUGCUGUUGGUGCUGAAGAUUGCUUGCUUCUGUACUCUGGAUGAUCCCAAGCAGAGGCCUAACAGCAAGGACGUUAGGUGCAUGCUGGCCCAGAUCAAGCACUGAGAUAAACAUAUCCAUGCAGGAAGAAGACGAUCGAUCGAGAAGGAUUGAAGUUUAGUGUAAUGUACGUACUUGCAUGGUUUGUGGAUGUUAAUAACUAUGGAGAUCAGGAGCAUGCAGGGUGUUCGAGAUGUAAGAAUAAGUAAGUGAUGCAUCAGUCGUACGUGGAAAGUGUAAAAUGUGGGUGUGGUUAAUUAUAGGGUUUUUGUCGAAGAGUUUUAUGUUUUGUUUGUCUGGUUAAUUAUUGUGGUUCUUUGUUGAAAGGCAUGCAUGCAGAAAUGCAUGUCGCAUGUUUUUAUAGGAGCAAAUUAAUUAACAUUUGCUAUUGCCAAAAAUAAAUUGAUAGGAUCUUCAUUUCGUUUUUAA